UACAAGAGACUGCCACACUACUCCAGCUCCUGGGCUCACUAGGGUUCCAGCAGUCGCGCUGUCGGAGACACCAGUAGCACCAGGAUUCCAUUAGAACCCGGCAUGAAUCGAAAGAAGCUGCAGAAAUUGACGGACGCCUUAACUAAAAAUUGCAAGCAUUUUAAUAAAUUUGAAGUGAACUGUCUUAUAAAGCUUUUCUAUAACCUGGUGGGGGAAGCAGUGGAGCGGCCAGGGGUGGCCGUUGGACUAGAUCGCAAUGCAUUCCGGAACAUUCUGCACAUGACAUUUGGAAUGACAGAUGACAUGAUUAUGGACAGAGUAUUCCGAGGUUUUGAUAAAGACAAUGAUGGUACCAUAAGCGUGACAGAGUGGGUUCACGGAUUAUCACUUUUUCUUCGAGGAUCUUUGGAAGAAAAAAUGAAAUACUGCUUCGAAGUGUUUGACUUGAAUGGUGAUGGCUUCAUCUCAAAGGAGGAGAUGUUUCACAUGCUGAAGAACAGCCUUCUCAAGCAGCCAUCCGAGGAGGACCCCGACGAAGGGAUUAAAGACCUGGUUGAAAUUACGCUUAAGAAAAUGGACCACGACCAUGAUGGGAAGUUGUCUUUUACAGACUAUGAGAAAGCUGUCCGAGAAGAGGCUCUUCUUCUGGAAGCCUUUGGGCCGUGUCUGCCUGAUCCAAAGAGCCAGAUGGAAUUUGAAGCUCAAGUAUUUAAAGACCCGAAUGAUUUGCAUGAAAAUGUGAAUUCCUAAGUGUGUUUUGCUUCAAGUACGAAGAACACAUCUGGGAGACAAGAAGUUCUUUACUGAAUGCUGGGUGUGGCUACGCAAGCUAACAUUUCUCUAGCUGUUUUAUCACAGAUUAGCUGCUGAAGUACAAAACUGUCAUAAGACAUCUGGACUCAACAAAUGAAUGAAUGGGCAAUUCAUAUAAUGUAAGGCAUCUGGAUUCAUCAAAUGAAUGGGCAGAAUAUAUAAUCGGUAAUUAUGAAUGCAUAUAUUCUUCAUGCCAGAGUUUGGGCAUUCACUGAAAAAUCAUAGGAACUACUGAAUUUUUGUAGCCAUGAAUAAUUAAGAUAACAUCAAAAGAGAAAUAAUAAUGGCAUUUAACAUCGAACUAACUUUACUGCCAGGCAUCGAGUGAGAUAGAGAGACAGAUAGAUGAAGGAUACACAAGACUAAAAUUAUACAAAUU